GAAGUGUCAGAAGCCGAACUAGUUUCGAUAAUAAUGUAGCAGUGACUCGAAGCUGUAACAGAAUUCUUUCGAGAUAGUGAGCUAAAUUAUUUGUGUUGCACAAUUUUCAUUUAUGCCGAAGAAAUGCUUUAGAUUUUAGUAAGACAUAUAUAAUUGUUCAGCUGCCGGCCACAUGAAAGGCUUUAUUGACUGUCAUUGUCAUAUCUCUGCUGAAGAGUUUGAUAGCGACAUAGAAGAUGUCGUUGAUAAUUCCAAAAAGAAUGGGCUCAUAGCGCUUGUGGCCGUUGCAGAACACGCGGGGGAGUUUGAGAAGAUCAUACAGCUCUCUAAAAGGUUUCCAGGGUUUGUGUUUCCAUGCCUUGGCAUCCAUCCAGUUCAGGGUAUACAUCCAGAAGAGCAGAGGGGCGUGACAUUUCAGGAUUUAGAUGCUGCCUUGCCUCUGAUAGAGAAAUAUAAAGACCAGCUUUUAGCAAUAGGAGAGGUUGGUCUCGAUUUCACUCCUCGAAUCGUUAACAGUGAAACUGGAAAGGAAGAACAGCGACGGGUGUUAAUUCGACAAGCCGAGAUUGCAAAACAACUCGACCUUCCACUGAAUGUUCAUUCAAGAUCAGCGGGCAGGCCUACUAUUCAUCUUUUGAAGGAGCAAGGAGUUCAGAAGGCUCUGCUCCAUGCCUUUGAUGGAAAGCCCUCAGUGGCAAUGGAGGGUGUAAAAGCUGGCUACUUUUUUUCUAUACCUCCUUCCAUAAUAAGAAGUCAACAGAAGCAGAAGCUGGUGCAGCAGCUGCCGUUGGAGCACAUGUGCCUUGAGACGGAUUCGCCGGCCCUCGGCCCAGAGAAGCAGGUGAGGAAUGAGCCCCAGAACAUCGUCGUAGCGGCGGAGUACGUUGCCAAGGUCAAAGGUGUCUCCCUGGAAACAGUGAUGGAGAUAACGAAGCAGAACGCCCUGAAGCUCUUCCCUCGGCUGAAACCUUUCAUCACGGCCUGACAGGGCAGAUCUCACAAGCUGCGGCGUUAAUGUCAUGUUACACAAAAUGUACAUGCCACCAGUGAUUGCUUCAUGAUUAGAAAAAAGAAAUAUGUGUUAUUAAUUGAGGAUCUUCAAAAGAUAUUUUCCUGAAGGUGUCAAACACAUCGUGAAAUUAUAACUUAAGCUUCUCCUAAUUCCACAAUCCCGAUUUUGUGGGAGCCAAACAUUGACCCUCUUUUCUCAAAGGAAUAAUUGCAUUGACUUAGCUCUGCUUUGAGAAUUUGUAUGGGGAGAAUACACUGCGUUGAUACCAAGUUCUCCAUCUUUCAGUUUCCCAUUUACAGUUCGUCUGUAUAAUCGUUGUACUUUAUAAACCUCACAUAUUUGGUUCACAACCGGAUAUGCUUUUGACGUGCCGGUAAAUAUGUACUGAAUAUGAUGUUUGGCGCCCCCUUGCAAUUCUGUAUUUACAUGUAGUUAAUUUAUAGCAGAGUACUCGUUUUGAGACGUAAUUUUGAAAUGUGGGCAUUAAACGACGUUGCAUAACGUUCUGUUUAAAUUUAAA